AUGAUGCUUUUUACCCUCCUCGCAGCUUCUUUCCUCCCUCUGGCAGAUUUUGUCAGCGCAGAAAGAGUCCUGGGAGCUUAUGUUUUCCAGCGCCACGGAGACCGGACGGCCAAAGCCUUUCCACCCACCCAGUUGACCGAUCUCGGCUACGCGGAAGAGUAUUUGACUGGCAGCUUUUUCAACAAGCGCUAUAUUCUGUCCGGCUCGGAGUAUCACAUCGAGGGAAUUAGUUCUAGCGUCGUCAACUUAGCCCAAAUUACCGCUAGCGCUCCACAGGACCAUGUCAUCCAGAAUUCUGGCCAAGCUUUUCUCCAGGGACUUUACCCGGCUGUCGGUUCAGCUGCAAAUGAGACUUUGCGCAAUGGAUCGACGAUUUACUCCCCUUUUAGCGGCUACCAACUGAUUCCUAUGUCGGAUGUGCAUACCUCUACCUGCAACAAGGCAGAGGUCAGCAGCAAUGACUAUUACUAUUCGAGUUCAUACCAGCAAUUGCUGUCCUCCACAAGCAAACUAUAUCAGUCUCUCACACCUAACGUCAACGGCGCCAUCUCGUCGAGCCAGCUGAGUUUCAAGAAUGCAUACACCAUCUGGGACUUGUUACACGUGGCCACGAUCCACAAUUCUUCUGCCAACUUGCCAUCCAAUCAAAUCAUGCAAGAGCUCCUUGUCUUGGCCAACAAUCACGAGUUCAACCUCGCAUACAACAGCUCUGAGCCCAUUCGUGCAGUGACGGGCAUGACACUAGCCGGUGAAGUGCUAGCCGCUCUGAACCAGACGAUUACGUCUGGUGGCAAGUCCAAAAUGAGCAUCCAAUUUGGCGCUUAUGCAACAUUCCUAUCUUACUUCGGACUCGCCGGUCUCAGCACCAAUGCGAAUUUCGCUGGAAUGCCCGACUACGCUUCCUCGAUGGUAUGGGAGCUCGUCACAAAUGCAACUGGCACGGGGAUUCCCUCCCAAUUGGAAAUUUCCGUACGCUUCCUAUUCCACAACGGUACAAGCAUCGCGGGCUCAACGCAACUGCAAAGCUAUCCGCUCUUCGGGCAAUCCGCGGUAGAGAUCCCAUGGAUGCAGUUCGUUAACUCCACAAACAAGUUUGCAAUCACCUCUCAGCAGCAAUGGUGCCAGGCUUGUGGAAAUACCACUGGUAUCUGCGACUCUAGCUCUGACGCUAGCACAAGUGCCUCCUCGACUGGAUCGUCGACCGCGGGAAUGAGUCUUGCAGUUGCCGGCGUCAUUGGAGCUAUGGUUACCUUGGGUGUUCUUGCAGGACUGACUGCACUAAUAAUUCUGGCAUUUAACCUCCGGCUCGUGCGCAAGAGUACACUUGCUGCUAUUAGUCGAGGUUCUGAAGCUUCUAUCGUGCCCCUUCCCGCCAAGGCCACUUCCGCCUAA